AGCCCUGGGGAGCGCGCGCGCUGCAGUGUUUGUCCGGGCGCACUUGCAAGGCCGCUCGCCAUGGGUUUUGGUGGCUGGGGCAAGGGCAAGUUUGGGGGCGGAUGGAGCCCCUGGCAGCCGAUGUUUAUGAAGUGGGGCAAAGGCAAAGGCAAAGGCAAAGGCUACUCCGGCCUUAAGGUGGAUCCAUCUCUGAAGUGCUGGAUUGGCAACUUGCCCGAGGGAACCGAGUGGAAGGCGCUACAAGAGCACAUGAACCAGGCGGGCAAGACGACCUGGGUGGAAUGCUUCAGCGGCCGCGGCAGCGGCACGGCCGGCGUGGCCUUCUCAUCGGCAGAGGAGGCCGCAAAUGCCAUCACCAUGCUCAACGGGAGCUUGCUGAAUGGCCAGGCCAUUAUGGUUGAUGUUUGGGUGCGAUCCAGCCCCACGGAUGCACCUCAAGGUUGAGAUGAGUUCACCAUUGGGCCUUGUGAGGUGCUUAGAGGGUUUUGGGACCGACAAGUCGGGUACCCGGUCUCAGUAAAGAGCUGGAAAGCAUGGUGCAAACUUGAAGAUCUCAUUUUUG